GUAGCCGCAACCGAACACGAAUCACGGGUAACAAACAAACAAAAGGGGUGACAGAUGUCAAAGAGCUGGAAAAAAUGAUCGAUACACAGUGGUUUGAAUGUAUUUAACCGUAAACAGAAAUUAAAAUGUCUUCGAAUGCCAGAAAAUCGCCACAAAUUGAAGAUUUAAUCUCUACUGAAGAUGACACUUUGGGAUCCUCUAUAAGUUUGAGUGUUGGAGAGAACUCUAUACGCAUAAAAGAAAAACCUAAUGUCAAAGAAAAUGAGCAGAUGAUAGCUGAUAAGAAAGAUGUGCAAGAUAAAUGGUGGUUAAAAAAACCUGAAACACGUUUAGAAGUUUUGAGUACCAAGAAUACUGAUGCAAAGAUGAAACAUUCUCCUACUCCUACUUCUGAAGUGAGCUCUUCUAUGAAAGAGUUUCUUGAGAAGGAAAAAAUGUGCAAAGCAAUGUCUAAAAGUGAAGGAGAAAUGAAAGACAAAGAUGAUACCUUAUGCGAUAUACUUGCAUCUACAGCUUUUGAUAAGUAUCCAUCAGACUUUGAAAAUGCUACCGAUGAAGAUAUUGGCAGUAUAUUAGAGGAAAUGAGCAAAAUUGCUGGUGCAUUAAGUCCCAAUUCAGCCCCAGAACAUACUAAGUCUGGAGCUUCCAGUAGGAAUCCUACGGAAGAAGAGAGAUCUGUGGAAGAAUUAUUAGAAGAAGCUGAAAAACUCGUGAGAAAAAACAGUACUACUCUGUCAAAGAGUUUAUCCAAAUCUGAUACUCUAGUGCCAGAAAAUAAUGAAAAUGGAAGUUUGAACAGAGUAAGGCAGUUGGAAGAUGACAUCUUCCAACUGAUAGAGGAAGAAGUACACAAAGAAACGGAGAAAAUAAAAAAAAGUCCGAAAAACGAGAAAAAACGAGAAAACAGUCCCGGCUUCGAUAUCGUCUAUGAGAAUUUGAAACCACCAAAAACUCUGGAAUUUCAGAGAAGAAAGUUUGAGGAACAACGAGUCGAAAUAUCCAGCAGUUCUGACUUGGACGAUCCGAUCGAGAGACAUUCCAAGUCCGAAGAAUUGAAGAGCACGAAGAAAAUGGAAAUGGACAAAGAGAAUUUACAGAAGGAAAUCACUGACGUGGAUAAGGAUUUCUUCGAAGAUCUGUUGAGAAGGUCCAAAGAGAAAGUAGAGGGCGGAAUGUCUGGGAGUUCGAGUUUCGGGCAAGAAGAUUUCUCUCACUUCCUGAAACUACUUCAAGGACAGAACAUAGACAAAAAAGAGCUAGAAUCAAAAGAACCUAAUACAGUGUACAAUCUCUUUUUGAAAUCCACUAAUGGCGAAGUAAUAUCGGCUACGGAGAACCAAUUAGCUAAUGGCAAAACUCCGGAGUUUCCAGAAAAGGAAUUUUCUGAGAUAUUAGAAAGAGAAUUGUCACCGGCUAAUAGUGCGCACGUAGAACACGAAAUUAAUGAAAGUGAUUCUAGUGCAAGCGAAACUCGGCCUAAACGAGCACUAGAUUCUUUGUUACCUGAUACAUUUCUGAAAAAUUCUCACAAAGAAUCGAAGAAAUUUGCAUCAAAACACGUGGAGAGUAAUAAAAAUGUAGAAGACAAUAAAAAGAUAGUUAAUUCAGAUGGCGAAUUUUAUACAGUAGGAUUGACACCGAGGUUAGAACUGUUCGCGGAUGCGAUACCCAAACUUAUGGCUGAAAAAUUAAAAGAUGAGAAUAUUGUGAAGGAAAAUGUUGAAAAAACAGAUUUAGCGAACAAGGAAUCCGCGAUCUCAGAAAUGACGGUCGAUACAGGAGUAGAAACGGCACACGCUGCUAAAGUAUCGAAAACUUCUAAGGUAAGUCAUCAAGAAUCCAAGCCAGGUCCAAGCGUUUUGAAAAAAUCAGUUUUAAGUGUUGACACACUUAAAACUGAUCGCGUUGUCAGUGCACCGAGCAACAAACAAGUGAAGAAAGAGAUUAGAUUUUGCAAGUCCAAGAGCUACGAUCAAAUAUGUCAGCCUCCUCUAAAAACUUCUCUUGAAAAUAUUAGAGUUAAGACGUCGGAUGUGUCUAAAAAAUCUGUAAAUUCUGUUUCCAAAAAGUUACAGAUGAUAAAGCCAAAAGUGCAAUCUCGAACGAUUGCUAAAACCGCAUCAAAGCCUAACGUGUCUUUGAAAGUGAGAGAGGGAACGGAUCCUAUUGUUGGAUCCACAUCCAGUUUACCGGCUGCGUACAAAACGUCUCAGUUGAAGUCACCGGACAGUUAUAGAAAAAAUAUAUUGGCUGCUGGUGAUUCAAAGCUGAACGUGAAACGCGAUUGGGAGAUGUUAUGUCGCGAGGAGAGACAUAAAAACACGCUCUUGAAACAGCAGUUGGAAUCUGAGGCAAAAUUAUACAGGAGUCAAAUUGAAGAAAUGCGUACGUCUUUCGAGGGAGAAUUAUUCGCUUUGAAGAAACAGAACAUUAUUCUGAAAGCGAGGGUUGACGAACUCUCUCUGAAUGAGAAGCGUGUGGAAGUUCCCGUUAAAAAUGACACAAAGAUCACUCUUUUGGAACAGGAACUGGAGAAGCAGGAGAAUCUCAUCCGCGCUUACGAGACUGAAAAUAAAAAACUUAUGCAAGAUACGAAGCGUAUGCAGGAAGAGCUGAGAGUUUUGCAGUCUAAAGAGAAGAACACAGUAUCUGAAGCGAACGAUGUGCAACAGCUUAUCGAUCGGGUGAAAGAUCUUCAAGAGGAAACGUUGAAGCUGAAUUUCGAGAUUACCGAGCUGCGAGAGAAAAAUGCCGAUUGCCUGCUGAAGAAUGACGACUUGACACAACAGAACAGUUUGCUUACGGACGAAUUGGAAAUGUUUAAAGAUCAAUUGAGAGCGAAGAACAACUUUAUCACUGAUAAGCUGCAAGUGAUGACCACCUCGGAGUUAGAUCUGAAGAAACAGAUAGAGGAUUUAAGUAUCAAACUGAGCUCGAAGACGGAGCAGUUGCGAGUUGCGAAGCAGGAACUGGACCGAGUUCAACAAAACGUUUUGCCGUUGGAAAAAGAAUUGUUAGAACUUAGAAUCAAGGAGGGGAAUCUUCAGGAGAAGUUGCAUAUAAGUAAGAGCCACGUUGAGCGCGAAAAGGCUCUGAGUCAGAAACUAAAGGACCAGGUUAUUCUUGACAACAAGAAAAUUCUAGAUCUGAACAGACAAGUGCGCGAAAUGGAACGUAUAUUGAAGAGGAAGAAUCCCGAUUCUAUCUCGGCACUUAUACUGACCGCCAACUCGGGCCAGGAAAAGAUCGGAUCUGAAAAGGUAAAACUACUGGAAGAAAGAAUAGAUAGUCUGGAGAAAGAAAUUAAAACUAAAGAGGAUGUUGCGCAGCAGAAUCUGAUCGACUUGCAGAAGAAAUUCUCCAAUAUGAAGGAAAAAUACGAGGCGCAAGUGACGGAACUGGAAGCGAAGCUGUUUGAAGCGACCGCGAAAGAGCGCAAGUUGUACAACGACAUGUUCACGCAGACAACGAUCAGGUAUGUUGAAAACAAGAGCGUGGAGACUAACAAGAAAGACGACAAAGCAUCAACGAUAGAAGACAAGAAAGAUCCGAAAGCGAUCAAAGUCGGACCGAAGUCACAAAAUCCAAAAGAAGACGCGCAUCUUAUCGCUACCAUACGAGGCUUGAAGCUAGAGAUCACGAAUAAGGAUAAGGCGAUUUCGAAGAUAACAAAGGAAUGUCAGGAACUUCAGAAGACGAACAGAAGAUUGCAGAAAGAACGGGAGAAGUUACUGAACGAUCGUAGAAGCUUUAGGAGCAUGGAUUUCGACAAAGUGUUUCGCGGGACGAGAAACGGUGAAGGAAACGAUCAGAAUUCGAAUGUCUAUCAGAACGGACACGUCUCCGACUCGCAGAGGUUAUCGUCAUCGACGACGAAGCUGUACGAUCCGAUGCAGUACACGGAGAACGGCAAAAACGGAAUAAUUAAAAAGUUGACCAAUGAAAACGACAUCUUGAAGGAGGAGCUGAGCAAAAUGAACAAAGACUUCAUGGCUCUGAAGAGUAAGAGGCUGCACGACUUAAAUCUCCUGCAAGAAGAACACGAGCGAGAGAUGGCUACUCUUUUGAAAGAGUACAGCGUCAAAUUCGGAGAUUCUAAAGUGGUAAAGUUACAGGGUCAGAUCAAUACUCAGGGAGCAGUCAUAUCGCACUUAAAGGAACAAAUCGAAAAGCUCAGGGAUUACAAGGAACAAGUGAUCGUGUUGAAAGCCGAAAGAGAACACUUAGAAAAUAAAGUGAAAACGUUGACCGAGAAGGUCAAGUACCUUUCAACGCCGGAAACAGAACAGUUGCAACUGCUGCAGGAUAAGAUUACGAUUCUUCAACAACGGCACGAAAGUCGAGAAAUGACUUUGCAAACAUUAGUUCGUGACUUGUUGAGAAAUCGCACGCAAUGCAAAGAUUGUAAGAAUGAGAAAGGCAAGAAUAGGCAGCUCUGCUAUUUUAGGCAGGAGCUCGACAAUAUUCUGGCAAUGCUGCAGGAGAUUGCUAACGUCCAUUGAUAUCGCUGAAUCGAGAACUCGUCACGAAAUCUUGAUUCGUCAUCGAAUAUUGUGAUAAUAUUGUGACUUUUACAGGAGUACGUAAAAAUCACGUAUGUAUCCUAGAUAAAAUUCGAGAGAGUUAGAUACUUAAAAUAUCGUGAAGGUAUAGAGUACGUAAAAAAUCAAUCUGCGUUUUGUUCACGAAACGCUCAGCCAAAAUAUGUAGUCGAUGCUUUCAUCGACUCUUCCGGAUCGGUGAGAAAUAUUAUAACUAUAAUGCGUUGUAAUUGUAAUUUGUUUUCUUGCGUCCGUAAUACCGUUCGUCUGCGAGUUCCUGUCCGUCAGCAUUGAGUUCGCGAAUGAUUCGGUAGACUCGAAUCACUGCCAAAGAGAAAGAAACGCUACCGUUAACUAGCAGUAGCGCGAACAAAUCCGCAUAAUUAGAAAUUUAUAUACAUAUAUAUUUUUUCUUUUUUUCUUAUUUCCCGUCGCCAAUUUCGUUUAGACACGUGUAACAUUUUAGAACAUUGACCGCUGUUCCAGAAAGUAUUUUGUUUAAUUAAGAAUUUAGUUUUACUCAUAACAAACCGAUUAUUUUUAUGAUGCGAAAUUUUAUUUAUUUAUUUAUAUAUUUAUUUUAUAGACUACGAAUAUAUAUGACUGCACAGCUGUUUGCAAUGUCCUUUUCUAUUGAUAUUGCACAGCUCGUUUUCAUUCCAUAUACUUAUUAUAUUGUUUAGCACGAUUGAGAGGGAAGAAAAAUAGAGCGAAUAGAAAUAUCUUUGUAAGGAUUUCUUCCACGCAGUUAAACGGUAUCUAGUUUUAUACGAAUAAUUUUUUCGAGACUUAGCUGUACAUAGACGUUACAAGAUAAGCCGCUGUAUUUUUAUUUUGGAUGACAAUCCACAGCGGUUUAUUCGCGCGAUCAACGAAGUCGAGUCGACCUACUCGACUAUAUCAUGUAUAUCCUACAUCGUAAUAAUAUAUAAGCAGUCUAUAGUUUGUUACUAUUGUUGCCAAGCUUAGUUGGUGAUUUUAACGAUCUCGUCGUUGUAGCUCUCUGUACGCGUUAGCAAUAAACGCAAAGCACAUCGCACAAAUUGACGUGGCCGAGAUCCGAGGAAUAUAAUCAACAAAAUAAAAGUACCUAUCUUUUCGUAUCUCUUUUUCCACGUCCGUCGAUAAAAGUCUGCAUGUCCUUUCGAGGCAGUCGUCAUCUCCUCCCAACUUUCGGGACUCGGUCACGUUGAGAUACUCGCAAUUACGUGUUUUUUCUAAAUAGAUUUAAGCUCGUCACAUACAAAAUUGUACAAAAUCCAAAAAUUAUAACUUUAAUAAACUUAAUCUC